AUGAGGACCAGACAGCACUGGACCUGCGGAGCUUCUAACGCCCCUCGCGAUCCUCCCAAGGGCGACAUAAACGCCAUCCCAUGGGUUCCUGUUGCUGCCCGUCCACUCGUGUUUACUGGUGCCAAGGUCGUUGAUGUCGCGGAAAACAAGAUCCACAGUGACAUGACUGUUGUCAUUGAGGACGGUAUCAUAACACAGGUUGGCCCAGACACGCUCUACGCCAACCACACGUGGUCGUCCAAGCACCGUAUCAUGGACCUUGACGGUCUCUAUCUCUGCCCGGGACUGACAGACUGCCACGUCCAUAUCAACAUGUCCGAUGGUCGCCCAGCCAGCGGCUACGUCGACCCACACCUCCGCGCGACCUAUACCCUCAAAUGCAUGCUCGCUCGAGGCUUUACGACUGUGCGAGACGUCGGCGGCGCGACGUUCUUCCAGAAGCAAGCUGUCGAGCAGUGGCUUACUCCUGGUCCGCGUUUAUUCCAAGGCGGCAAUCUUUUGAGUCAGUCUGGUGGACACGGUGACCCGCGCAUGCGCGAAGCUCCGAGCUACAGUCUAUGCUGCGCGCCCAAUGCGGACAUGUCGACUCUUGCCGAUGGUGUUCCUGGUGUGACACUUGCUGCUCGAGAGCUCAUGCGAAAGGGAGCCGACCACGUCAAGAUCUGCACCUCUGGCGGUGUUUCUAGUCCCACCGACAAGCUGGAGAGCGUGCAGUUCAGCCCCGCCGAGAUUGGCGCCAUUGUCGAGGUGGUACAGGACAUGGGCGGCACGCUCGUCACGUCUCAUGCGUACACCAACGCCGCUAUCAGGCGCGCAGUGGAGAAUGGCGUCCGCGGCAUCGAGCAUGGAAACUUGCUUGAUCGCGAUACAGCCAAGCUGCUCGCCAAAACUGGCACCUUCCUCACACCUACGCUCAUGAUUUCGACGGCCAAGGGUCGUCCGCCAUGGAACGCAACUCUUCCAGACUACAUGCGAGAGAAGAACGCCAUGGUACGCGAGGCUGGCCGGCGCGCUAUUCAGAUUGCCGAGGAGGAAGGUGUUUGUGUGUGCUACGGCACCGACUUGACUGCGGGCAUGGGAUACCUCCAGAGUGAGGAGUUCACCCAGCGACAUGGCCUCCUCCCGUCCCAGCGGGUCUUGGCCCACGCCACUAUCAACGCCGCCAAGCUCGUCAACGACAGCAAGAUUGGCACCAUUGCUGUCGGCAACUAUGGUGACUGCCUCAUUCUCAACGGCAACCCUCUCCACGACUGCCGCAUUCUCGACAGUGGCAAGGAGGGAAUUUGGGGUGUGGUCAAAGACGGGCGCGUGGUGGUGGCCCGGCAGGACUUUGCCGAACAGCUCAAAGAUGGCGUGGAUGUCGUCCUAGGUGUGGACGAGGCAGAAUAG